AUGUCAGAAUUCUUCUCCGUUACUUUAGAACUACUGUGCCACGUCUAUACGUCACUGGCAAAUCAAAUUAUUAGUCAUUUUGGGCCUAGAUACGCAGAAGAUGACAUUCAGGAAACCUUUCAAGAACGGGACGACUUCGUGUCGCACGACCAAAAAGAUACAAUUAUUGAAGAGUACGAGAACCCACGAAAAUUUAUCGAUCCUUCUGCCUGGAGAAGAAAUAUGCCAACAUGGAAAGUUUCGCUGAAAAAUAGUACCUACUUUGUGUUUAUGUUUACAUUCGUUGUUGGCGGUUUGAUUGGGUUAGCGUCCUUUUUGCUGACGUGGUAUAUUAUAAGCAUUGUCUAUGCCUGUGAUUGGAAGUCACUUGCCGAUCCUACAUACCCUCUGCAUCUUAAGAGGAGACGCAUAAUUGGUCAAUCUUACCAGUCUUUCAUUCUUUACUUUUGGCAGCCCGCAUUGAUGUGCAUGGUUUUCAAGUGGCAAGUUCUUAAAGAUGUCAAUCUAUUGACCUGCACUCUUGCUGGAGCGUCUCUUGAUCUUGGGUACAGGUUUUUCCUUGGCUUGUUUGAUAUGUAUUAUCCUCCAUGGGUACCAUAUCCACUAAAUGUAGUUUAUAUAGUUGUAGUUAUAAUGACAACUCUGUCUAUUAGCAAAAAAAUUAUUCAAAACAGGAGCCGAAUUCAGGCCACUAUUGUGUUGGCUUUCAAACUCAGUUCUCAGUUCAUCACUGGAGCAAUUGUUUUGUAUAUUAUCUGGUACGCCUUUAUAUCAAGCUUUGCCCAGAAGGAAGGCUUUAUGAAAUUACUUUAUCUUGUUUUACUGUUUCCAAUAGCCUUAUUUCCAAAAGUGAUAUCACGGCAAUGUGUCCUUCGUUUAGAUCAUGUCAAUCAUCCGGGAACUUCUUACGUUCUGGUAUCCACUGCAUGCGGAAGUGCCAUUAUAGUGUACACUAUUGCUACAGGCAGAGUUUAAAAGUCUUUUGGCUUUUACUGCACUAAGCAUUGGUUACGGUGUCAGUCAUUUAGCUUACGAAUUGAUCAUCUUAUUACGAGAACACAAAAAGGAGAAACGCUGGAAAACUUUGUACUUGGAGUCAGAAUCAAACUCUCCAGGACACUCUGCCACCUGUCACACAUCACCUCGUGCUAAGAGGCUAG